GUGAAACACACAGAAAGCUACGGAGCUCACGAGGUAGCAUUAGCUCCUCUUAGAAGGUCGUUUGAAAACAGGUUUGGUGUUUUCGGUAAAUAUUUCCGUGUUUUCAGUGAAAAUGUCUUCAGUUCCGCCUCAGAGAGAGUUUAUCAACGAGCAGGUAACUCCUGCUGGAGAAACAUUCACAGAGUGGAAAGAAAUCAACGUUAAGAUGGAGGAAGAGAUGGAGGAUCAGCGCAGACUGAUGGAUUUUACCCGGAUACCGAGGAUCAUCUUACACCGGAUAGAUCUCCCACAAUGUUGUGUGUGUAAAGAGGAGGAGGUUCUCAAUGAAACAGAACCACAGAGGAACCAACUCAUCUCUCAUGGCUCUGCAGAAACUGAGAACCAGAAUCAGGAAGGAAUCAAUUCUGAAGACCCAGGACAAGACAGAAAGGAAGAACAGAAACAAAAGGAGAAAUAUGAGAAAACCAAAGAGCAGAAAGGCAGAACUGACACUUCAAAACAAAAAAAGCACAAGAAAGCUCACACAGGGCAAGAAUUACAUUCUUGUAAAAUUUGUGAUGAAACCUUUUCUCAAAAUGAUAUCUUGCUGAGACACAUAAGAAUUCACAAAGAUGAGCGGCCUUUCUCUUGUGGGUCUUGUGGAAGAAGUUUCUCUCAAAAAGGUAAUUUAAAUGUUCACAUGAGAAUUCAUACAGGUGAGAAGCCGUUCUCAUGUGGGACCUGUGGAAAGAGUUACAGUGAAAGAAGGACUUUAACUCGGCACAUGAGAUUUCACACAGGUGAGAAGCCUUUCUCUUGUGGGUCGUGUGGAAAACGUUUCUCUCAAAAAUGUAAUUUAAAUGUUCACAUGAGAAUUCACACAGGUGAGAAGCCCUUCUCAUGUGGGACCUGUGGAAAGAGUUACAGUGAAAGAGGGCCUUUAACUCAGCACAUGAGAAUUCACACAGGUGAGAGGCCUUUCUCUUGUGGGUCGUGUGGAAAACGUUUCUCUCAAAAAGGUAAUUUAAAUGUUCACGUGAGAAUUCACACAGGUGAGAAGCCCUUCUCAUGUGGGACCUGUGGAAAGAAUUACAGUGAAAGAGGGACUUUAACUAAUCACAUGAGAAUUCACACAGGUGAGAGGCCUUUCUCUUGUGGGUCGUGUGGAAAACGUUUCUCUCAAAAAGGUAAUUUAAAUGUUCACAUGAGAAUUCACACAGGUGAGAAGCCCUUCUCAUGUGGGACCUGUGGAAAGAGUUACAGUGAAAGAGGGCCUUUAACUCAGCACAUGAGAAUUCACACAGGUGAGAGGCCUUUCUCUUGUGGGUCGUGUGGAAAACGUUUCUCUCAAAAAGGUAAUUUAAAUGUUCACGUGAGAAUUCACACAGGUGAGAAGCCCUUCUCAUGUGGGACCUGUGGAAAGAAUUACAGUGAAAGAGGGACUUUAACUAAUCACAUGAGAAUUCACACAGGUGAGAAGCCCUUCUCAUGUGGGACCUGUGGAAAGAGUUACAGUGAAAGAGGGCCUUUAACUCAGCACAUGAGAAUUCACACAGGUGAGAAGCCUUUCUCUUGUGGGUCUUGUGGAAGAAGUUUCUCUCGCAAAGAUUAUUUAAAUGUUCAUAUGAAAAUUCACAAUGGUGAGAGGCCUUUCUCUUGUGGGUCUUGUGGAAGAGGGUUCUCCCUAAAAACUCAUUUAAAUGCUCAUAUGAAAGUUCACACAGGUAAGAAGCCCUUCUCAUGUGAGACCUGUGGAAAGAGUUACAGUGAAAGAGGGACUUUAACUCAUCACAUGAGAAUUCACACGGGUGAGAAGCCAUUCUCUUGUGGGAGCUGUGGAAAAUGUUACAGUAACAGAAGUAAUUUAUCUCGUCACAUGAAGACUCACUCUGAUGAGAAGCCAUAGGUCCAAAACAGAUCCGAUCCAAUUUGGCAUCUAAUCUUAUGGAAAAUCUGGUCAGAUGAUGUAAACAGCAAGUUGAACAUAUUAAAGUCAACAGAUUCUUGCAGGCUGCUAGUGAUUCACUGUGAUUGUGUCUUUCACUGUCUGACCAAGAUAAACCUGAGGUCUACUUUUGCCUAGCAGCUUGUUUUCCUUAAUCCAGUUUUUUGUUUUAAUUCUCAGUCGUAUUUGUACUUAAGAUCCCCAUCAGUAUCCCAUUAGAUACUGAAGUUAAAGAGGGGAACACAUUCAGACAGGAUUAAUUUCUGUGCAUUUCAGUUUUCAUGGAGUUCUGGACCAUGUAGAAUAAUUGAGUUUAGCUUUUAUUUGAAGUUUCUGUGUAUGACUGGAUGUAAAAUACUUUAGAAAUGAAAGCAGUGAAAUGUUCUUGUUUUUCCAUAAAUAAAACUCUGAUGUUUGUUUGAAAAAAAUCUCUAAAAUAAUUUUGAUCUGGUCAGAUUUUGAUUUAGAGCUAACCACAGAGAGGUGUUUAUUUUCCCAAAUGUUUGUCAUUGUUACACUUUGCUAUGAGAAGCAAAGUAUAUUAUUAAAAAGGUAUGUUAAAAUAUACACUAGUUUUUUGAGCAGAAUAUGCUUUUUAAUAACUGUUGAUGUGAAUAAAUAUUGAUGGAUUAUUCA